GCAAAGUGACAAAUGUUGGAUGAACAGUUUGAUUAACCAAUGAGUUGAAGUUAAAACCAAGGGAUCAUGCAGGACCAUGAAAAGGGCAAAGAAAAUAUUCGGGAUUCAUUAGUAGAUGUGCAUGUAAUUUUGCUGGAUGGUAGUACGGAGAAAUUUUCUCUGUCUGAGAGAUGCUUGGGUCUAGAUGUAUUUACUUUGGUAACUAAGAAAAUUGGUACCUUUGAAAGUGAAUACUUUGGGCUGAUAUACUCUGACUUCGAAGGCAACAGUUGUUGGAUUGACAAUGACAAACCCCUAACCAAAAUUUUGCGAAAUUCAGGUACACGACCGUUGGAGCUUUUGUUCCAGGUCAAAUUUUUUACACCAUAUCCAAAUCUACUGGAAGAUGACUUAACGAGGUACCUGUACGCUCUACAAAUCAGAAACGAUUUCUUUCAAGGUUUGUUACACAGUAACCGUAACACCAGUCUUUUACUCGCAGCAUUCAUUGCACAGUCUCAAUUGGGUGAUUUUCAAGAGUCAGAAUGUCGAUCAUAUGCAUACUUAAAGAAGCAUCAUAUAUUUAGAACUGCACCAGAUUCCUAUUUAAUGCGUCUUAUGGAGCUGCAUCAAACGCUAAAAGGAAUCACAAAAUCAGAAGCUGACUAUCGUCUUUUAGAUGCUGCUCGCAAAGUUGAAUUGUAUGGAAUUCGUUUACAUGCCGCAAAGAAUAUAGAAGAUAAACCAGUGAACUUAGGCGUUAAUCACUUAGGAAUUAUGAUAUUUGAGAAUUUUUCUCGUGUGAAUACGUUCAAUUGGUCAAUGAUUCGUAAACUUAGUUUUAAACGUCGUAAAUUACUACUCAAACUUCAUAUGGAAGCAUAUAGUUACGGAAAUGAUAUCAUAGAAUUUGCAUUUUCUACACGUAAUAGUUGUAAAAAUUUCUGGAAAAAAUGUAUUGAACAGCAUACAUUUUUUCGUUCAAUGUCACCAUAUGGCAAUAGAAAGUGUGGUACUGUUAAUCAUCAUAGUUCCGUUGUAUUUCCUCAUUCAUUUACGAAUAUUUUCUCUUUACCAUUUGGUAAACUUCAUAGAUCAGCUAGUUGUGGAGCAAAUGGUUUACUAAACUCAAAAACAUCAACUCAUAAAUAUAACAAUGAAAUAAGUUCUGACAUAUGUCAUACAAAAAGUUCUCAACAUUCUCAUUUAAGUACUCCCGUUAAACGUUUGGGUGAUUUGAAUUCAACUGAAUCUAAUUCUCAAUUUUCAUCUGAAUAUAACAACUCAUCGACUUUAAAGUUGAAUCCAUAUUUUAAUGAUCGAACAGCAUCGAUGCGUAAAACAUCGCAUGCUUUGACUAAAUUACUUUCUCAACAAACUCCAAUCACUGGUGAUGAUGAACAUAUAAAACUAUUUCGUCUUUCAUUUACUUCACUCAUUCCAAAUUCAUCUUUAUCAUUUGAUAGUAAUCAUAUUUUUGGAACCACAUCUACCUUACUAGAUAGAAGUAAUUUCAAAUGGAACUGCAAUCGUGCAGUCAGUACGUCAUCAAUCGAUCGUCAAGUAUCUUCGUGUAGAAGAAAACUCAGCACACAUUCAUAUGUUCCUCGUCAUUUUUCUGGUACAAUUAGUAGACAAUCUUCUGCGUCACAAGAUGUAAAUACUUUAGACUGGUCUGAUUGUAAAUUUUACAAUCGACAAGCUUUCUUGGCUAAUGACAACUCAAAGGUAAAUUCAUUCAAACCGUCUGAAAAUGCAUCAGUCUGUUCAUCUUCAUGUUCCUUAACUUCGGAAUCCUAUCCUAGACCAGUGUCAGCAGACUAUGAACCGUUAGAUCAUACACAAUUUUUAUUAACUUCAAAAAGUGAUCUAUCGAAUCUUCAUGUUUGUGAAUUAGAUUACAGCGGUGAUGAGAAGGAUACAUCACCUGUAUCUGUAAUCUCUAUCAAACAAAAUGUACAGACAUUAACAAAUCAAAUACACUCUCCAUUUAUGUCAUCUAUUAAUCAAUUCAAUGAGACAACAGAAAUCAAGAAACAUCAUAUUUCUACAAAAGAAAAUGAUUUAUCCAGUGAAAAAGAAAACUAUCCAACUUCUAUUGACAAACUAGAACAAUACACUUUGGGAAAGGAUAGCCAACAAAUAAUGAUUCCUGUUUGUAAAAAUAUGACAGAAGAAAGCAACCAUAGUGAUGAUUUUGAUGAAAAUACUAAUAUACUCAUUGAUAAUAAAAAAAUCAAAGAGAUUACCGAAUCAAAUGAUGAUAUGUAUUAUCUUGUUAAUCAUCAUAAUUCCGAGAGUAUGAUGCUUUCACAACAAUCGCCGUCACAUAUUCCUGUCGAUUAUUCAAAGAGUUUUUCAGAAAAUUAUUAUUAUAAUGAUGAUGAUGAUGAUGAUGAUGAAAUGCUUAUCUUAAAACAAAAAGAGAACAAUAAUAACAAUGACAGAAUGGUCACCCAAAUAAAACUUAAAAAUGGACAUGAUCAAACAGAAAUCGUAUCCGUUGAUGAUAUUGCUAGUGAUUUAUAUAAUUCAAUACACACAAAUCAUAGUUCUUUAGCAUUAAGUGAAGCAGAAGAAAUAUCAUUGGAUACUAAAACAAACUAUCCUAUUACUACUACAUCCAUACUAACUGAUGACAUUGCUCACAGUGAAUUGAUCGAUGAUAUGGAAAGUGAUGUUCCCUCAGAUCAAUUAUACGACAAUGUUGCUGAUGAAGCCCCAGAAAGUUUAGCUGAUGCAAUUUCAUUAGGUGCCAUUUCAUUGAUCACUGGUUUGUCCGAAGUUGACAAUGAUGAUGAUAAUGACGAUGACAAGAAUGAUGAAGAAAUUAGCUCAAGCAAACAUUUAUCAUAUCACAAUAGAAAAGGAAAACAUUCCAAAAGUCUAACACAUCUGUCAAAGUCAAAUAAUGUCAACAACAAUCAUAGUAAUCCUGAUCAUCAUAUAAAAUCCGAUGAACUAUCUAUUCCUGAACAAUCUGUUCAUGAUCUUUUCCGUGUUAAAUCUCAACAAUUAUACACAAAGUAUCAGAAUACUAAUUCAUCUUCAUUAUUUAUAUCAUCACAUCAUUCAAUGGAUAAUGCAUCAUCGAUUCCUUCAGCUUUAUUAUCAUACAAAAUGUCUACAUCGGAAUUCGAUGAUACUUUACCGACAAUGAAUAAACAAAAAACUAUGGAAUUAUUGACAAUGACUUCAGGAUGCUUAGAUAUUUUCAAAGAAGUCUUACUGACAGAAUCUAUGUAUAAUCAUGACUUGGAGUUUCUGCUGACAGCUCCAUUAGAUACAGCUAAUUUGUUCGGUGCAACUUCACUAACUCACUGGUUACAAACUCGUCUAUUGCCAAUCCUGAAAUUGAUAACCAAUGGACAAACAAAUUUUCUUCACCAAUUAAAAACGACUGUAUCGACAUUGAAACGUUUAUUAUCAAAAGUAAAACUUCUUGGAAAAAAUAUUUUAUUCUUAAAAUCAAGUGAUGAUCAUGGGGAACCAGUAUCUGAAAGUUUCACAGCUGAUUGUGAAUCACCUUUGUAUAUGAGACAUGCGUCGAAAGGUUAUUUCAAUUCAUCUGAAUCAUCUAUAUCUCAUUUGGCAUUCCAAUGUAGUAAAAAUGAACAAUUGUCCAGUUCAGAAAUUUCCAAUUAUAAUCUUUCACCAUACUUUAAGCAUAAACAUAAAAAAUAUGGUUUACAUUUAGCAAUGAAAAAGUUACAUAAUCUUAGUUGUGUUACUGAUUUACUAAUGACUUUAUUAGAUCAAUUACAGUUUUAUGAAAUUUGGAUUCAAAAUUCAGCUGAUUUACUCACAGAAUUAUGGUUAUUAGCAUUUGUUGAUAUUCUGUCAUCUUAUUUCAAUGUCAAUGAACAGAAUGCUAAUGAUUGUUUAAAUAACAACAAUUCCGUCAAUAUUGAUAAUGAUAAGAAUGUUACGCAUAUUCAAUCACUUAUUCGUAAAUAUUUACAUUCGAAUAAAACUAAUAAUAAUAAUAAAUUGAAAGAUAAGAAUUUAAAAACAUCUUCAGUAAUCAUACGAAAAGUAUUAUACAAUUUAGAAAGUCGUUCAUCUUCUAUUGGUUCCUUAUGGUAUUAUUUAUUAUUGCCUUGUCGACGAUUUCGAAGUUAUUGCAGCUUGCUACAAUCUUUAAUGAAUCAAAUAUCAACUCAUUCAACUUCAGUUUUAUGUAAAGCAGUUUUAAAUCAUUAUCUACUAUCAAAUCAAUCUUUAAGUAAUACAUUAGAUCAAGCUGAAAGAAUUGCAUUAACACUGCAAUUAUCCAUCAUAAUCUUCCCUUUGGGGAAUUUUUUGUUUACUUCAACUAAGCAUAUUAAUAAUGUAAAUGUAGAAAAUGAUAAAUACUCGUCUUAUCACAACAUCACUCAUCAUCAUCAUCAUCAUGAACAAAUGCAUGGAAAUGACUUUACGUCUAUUGAUUCAAUGACAAUUUCAUCUUUUCUACAGUCUUCUAUAACAACUUAUCCACUAGUUCAUUUCGGUUGGUUAAAUAAAUAUUCACGACGUGGAUUUCAGCCUAGAUUAGUUUUUCUAUUUACAGAUCGUUUAAUCUAUACUAGUCGAAUACGUGGUGUAUCUGGUUUAUACUUAAAAGUGCAUACUAUCAUAUCACUUUCAAAUAUUAUACUUGAGAAAAAUAUCCUACAUGAAAAUCAAACUAACAAUGAUCAAGUGUCUGAUUCAACCUUCUCAAAAUUUGGUUUAGUAGUAACAUAUUCAAGUCGUUCACCAAUUCAUAAUUUAUCAGAUGUAUCAAAUUCUUGUCCAGUUAAACACAAUACUGCUACAUCUAAUAGUUGUCAAGUUUCAAAAAUAAAGUCUCAAUCUCGUUAUAGAUUGCGAAAACAUCGUAAACGCUUCAUAUUUGGAGUUCAAGACGAAUUGGAUUAUGAAACUUGGAUUAAUAAAAUUUCUGAACUAUUGGUAAAUAAUACAACAAAUGCAACUACUUCUGUUUCUCAUCCGAUUGGAAAUGCGAUUAACGACGCCUGUCUACCAUCUUCUAAAUAUGCUGGUGUUACUCGUCUACACGAUUCCUCUACUUCAAAGUUGAUUUUUACAGAAAUUACACAGCGAUGUUUAGCUGGUAGCACUACUAAUCAAUGUCAGUCAGAAUCUGUUGAUAUUCAACAUAACACUGAAACGUCCACAUCUUUAAUGCCUACAUUUCAAAAUGUUUUGGUUGGAUAUUGUUGGCGAAAACAAACAUCUUUGUCAUCCAUUAAACUAUUGAAUACAAUCGAUAAUGAAAUGUUUGGUUAUUUAUUUCGUCUGUCUAAACGUGGUUCAAGAAGUAGGCAAAAAUUAUGGACUGUUUUAUCAGAUAUGUGUUUAAAAUUUUAUAACACAUAUCAUCAUCGUAAAUUAUUAGCACGUUUAUGGUUAUCAAUAAAUAAGUGUACGGUUGAAUUAAUUCUAUCAAAUAAUUUAUUACCAUUUGAUCAAUGUUCCACUGGAUUCGAGAAUAUUGAACAUGAUCAACACCGACAACAUCAAAAACAUCGACAUUACUGUGUACUAUCCAAUGAUAUUAUUAAAAUCUCUGUCAACUCUAAAGAUUAUUAUUUUCAAGCUGAAAGUACUUACCUAUUGAAAAGAUGGUUCAAUGCAAUUUCGAACACAUUAACAUGUUCUACAAUUAGACGAAAUUCCAUUCCAUCUACAUUGACAGAUGAUCAUCAUAAUUUAAUGCUUUUCAAUCAUUCAUUAUUAUCAUCAACUAAAUCAACCACAUCCUUCCUAUCAACAUCUAAUGCUAAAUUAAUAUUCACUUGUAAAUCAAAUUGUUCUGAUCACAUUUGA